GCAAAAACGAUACAGUUUAACGCAAUGGCGCACAUAGAUAGAGAUUAUGCUCGAUCUUUAACACUUUGUCGUGGCUUGACGUUGGAUGAUAUUUUGAAUACGCUGGAUGACGACGAUGAUGAGACACUUCCUAACAGCCAAGAGAUAGACAUUAUUUUACAGCCCCCUACAAAUGCGUGUCAGGAUUUGACAGAUGAAGAUUCGGGCGACGAGGAUUUGAUGAUCAUUGGUAACCUGCCAGGCACACAACUUAUGGCAGAAGCUGAAUUAUUCGGCAUUACUCAAGAAGAUAAGGAGGAAGAAAUAGGAAAUGAAAUAGAUGAGGAUGAUUUACCGCUACGUAGCUUGCAAGUAGCCAUAAAAAAGAAUUACUUAUGGGAAAAGAGAGAUUUAGAACCUCGAUCUUUUGAAUGGCCAACGUACAUCGAUGUGAAAACAAACUUCUCACCUACAGAACUAUUUUUUCAGUUUUUUGACAACAACGUCAUCGAUAUGUUUGUAAAAUAUAGCAAUUUGUACGCUUCAAAAAAGAACGUCUUGAACAGUACUAUCACUGAAGCGGAAAUGAAAGCGUUCUUCGGCAUCUUGAUUUUGAGUGGUUAUGUCCAGCUUCCACGCCGUCGUAUGUUCUGGGAGAAUAGCAAAGACACCCAUAAUGAAGUUGUUUCUUCAGCCAUGUCAAGAGAUAGAUUCGAAUUUAUUAUGUCAAAUUUGCAUUGUUGUGACAAUUCCAAGCUAUCUCAACAAGAUAGAUUUGCGAAAGUUCGGCCACUUUUUGAAGCAAUAAAUAGAAAUUUUUUGCCCCGUACGAGCUGCACACUCAGUUGA